CUACAAAAUCAUGAAUGACUCUGACUUCUUUUGGAACCAGCAAAACACAAACUAUUGUUUCCAAGAUACUAACAACUCCUGUCCAAAGUCCAACAAGGAACUUUCCAGUUUUUCAGCUUUGCUCCUUUUCAUGCUUGGAGCUAUCAUAUUUACAACUGUGGGAAAUCUAAUGGUGAUUAUUUCUGUAUCACAUUUUAAACAACUCCAAACUCCAACCAACGUCCUUGUUAUGUCCUUGGCUAUUGCAGAUUUCCUUCUAGGACUGCUAGUUAUGCCCUACAGCAUGGUGAGAUCACUGACAUCUUGUUGGUACUUUGGAGAGGUAUUCUGCAAGCUCCACAGCUGUAUUGAUAUGAUGUUGUCUACUACCUCAAUAUUUCAUCUCUUUUUUAUUUCUGUUGACCGCUACUAUGCAGUAUGUCAGCCUCUUCAUUAUUACAAAAACAUAACUACGUCUGUAAUAGAGGUGUUUGUAUUUAUCAGUUGGUGUCUGCCCUGUAUUUAUUCAUUUGGUCUUUUUUUUUCUAAUGUAGACACUGAAGGUACACAGGAUAUUGGUAUUUUCUGUACAGGCUCCUGCUUUAUCCUGUUGGACAAGUUGUGGGGAACUAUUUCUUCACUAAUUUCUUUCUAUAUACCAGGUAAUUUUAUAAUCGGCAUUUAUAUAUAUAUUUUCUCUGUAGCAAAAAAACAAGCUAAGAUUGUGCACCAUUAUCCAAGCACUCAGGAUCAGAAACCAAACUCAAGGAUUAAGCUGUCCUUAACCAUUGAAACCAAAGCUGCAAAGACUCUGAGCAUAGUAAUGGGGACUUUUUUAUUAUGCUGGCUUCCUUUCUCUGUAGUUGCUCUGUUUGAUCCCUAUUUUAAUUUUGCAUCAGCUAAUGGCAUAUAUGACAUAGUUCUGUGGUUGGGUUAUAUUAAUUCCACUCUUAACCCCAUGAUUUAUGCCUUUUUUUAUCCAUGGUUUCGAAAAUGCUUUGUACUUAUUAUGAAAGGAAACAUAUUUAAUGCAGAUUCAUCUUCAUUUCAUGUUUUAUCUAAUAGUUAA